AUGCGGAUCACCUCUCUCGGCGUCUUGGCUGCGGCCACUGGCCUCUUGUCCGCCACCACCACCGCCGCCCAGUCCGGCAUCCCGAAGCGCCCCGUCGUCGAGCCGGCGCCCUUCAACUCGGGCAAGGCCAUGCCCUACUCGCCGCCGCGGGACGAGGGCCGGUACUGCUACGUCAAGCCGAGCUGCACCGCCGGCCGCGACGACGCGCCCAAGAUCCUCCGCGCCUUCACCGAUUGCAACGACGGCGGCACCGUCGUCCUCGACCAGAAGUACCUCGUCAGCUCGCCGCUCGACCUGACCUUCCUCAAGCACGUCGACGUCGUCAUCACCGGCGAGGUCCACUUCAACGACGACCCCUACUACUGGGCCGAGAACAGCUUCAAGUUCGACUUCCAGAACCAGUCCGUCUUCUGGAAGCUCGGCGGCGAGGACAUCAACAUCUACGGCGACCUGGGCAACGACAAGUCCGUCAUCGACGGCCACGGCCAGGCGUACUGGGUCGAGAUCCAGACCAACAAGAGUCUCCUGAGGCCCAUGCUGUUCUCCUUUGACGGCGUCAAGGGAGCCACCAUGUCCCACCUCCGCAUGCGCAACCCGCCCAACUGGUUCAACUUGAUUGCCAACAGCACCGAUGUGAUUAUCAGCGACAUGGACCUGAGGGCAAUCAGCGAAAAUGGUGUCAAGAUUGCCAACUCCGACGGCUGGGACACGUACCGCUCCGACCGCAUCGUUAUACAGAAUUCGUUUAUCAUAAACACGGACGACUGCGUCUCGUUCAAACCCAACAGCACCAACAUCGUCGUCCAGAACCUCGACUGCACGGGCUCCCACGGCAUGAGCGUCGGCUCCUUGGGCCAGUACAAGGGCGAGACGGACAUUGUCGAGAACCUGUACAUCUACAACACCACCAUGGCCGACGCCAGCGACGCCGCGCGCAUCAAGGUCUGGCCCGGCAUCGAGACGGCCUUCCAGACGCUCCUCAACGGCGGCGGCGGCCUCGGCCGCGUCCGGAACGUCACCUACGACACCUUCAAGAACAUCAACAACGACCGCGCCAUCACCAUCACCCAGUGCUACGGCCAGAAGAACCAGACCCUGUGCGAGGAGUUCCCGGCCAACUUGACCAUCUCAGACAUCACCCUCAAGAACAUCUACGGAACCACGUCAAAGAAGCUCGACCCGCAAGCCGGCACCUUGGUGUGCAGUGCUCCGGACCGCUGCAGCAACAUCCGCGCCGAGAACGUCACGGUCACGGUCCCCAGCGGGAAGACGCCCGUGUGGGAGUGCAAGAACAUCGACAAGAGCCUCUUGAAGAUCAACUGCGCCGGCGGAACGGGCGAUGAGCGCGACACCACCAACGGAUAG